AUGUUCCCCGUAAUGUUAUUCUUUGCUGGUCUCUGUGGAUUGCUCACGUCCACACCCGGUUCUCAGAAUUCAUCUGUCCAGAUUAUAUUUCCAGAGAAAAUCGAAACAAAUACAAGUGAUAAUUCAGAACUAGAAAAUAAACAGAUAUCCUAUAUUAUUCCAAUUGAUGAGAAACCAUACAUUGUGCACCUGAGGCAAAGACUUUUUUUAGCUGAUAAUUUUAUGGUUUAUUUGUAUAAUCAAGGAUCUGUAAAUUCUCAUUCUUCAAAUAUUCAGACUCAAUGCUACUACCAAGGAUCUGUCGAAGGAUAUCCAAAUUCUAUUGUCACACUAAGCACGUGCUUGGGACUGAGAGGAAUACUGCAAUUUGAAAAUGUUUCUUAUGGAAUCGAGCCUCUGGAAACUGAAGCUGAAUUUCAGCACAUUCUUUAUAAAUUAAGGAAUGAAAACAUUAAAUUUGCAGUUCAUACUGAAAAUAACCGUGACAUAGGACAAAACCCAAUGGACUAUAACAUUUUCAUAAGUGAAAAAGUAGAAACAGAUGUUUCAGACCUAAUUCCUCUUUAUCUAGAAAUGCAUAUUGUGGUGGACAAAGUUUUGUAUGAUUUCUUGGGCUCUGAUAGCAUGAUAGUGACAAAUAAAGUCAUCGGAAUUAUUGGCCUUGUAAAUUCAGCAUUUGCCCAACUUAAAGUUACUAUUGUGCUGUCAUCACUGGAGUUGUGGUCAGAUAAAAAUAAGAUUUCUACAGUUGGUGAGGAAGAUGAAUUAUUGCAUAAAUUUUUAGAAUGGAAAAAAUCGUAUCUUACCCUGAGACCUCACGACAUUGCAUAUCUAUUCAUGUAUAGAGAUUAUCCAGAUUAUGUGGGAGCAACAUUUCCUGGAAAGAUGUGUAUUACUAAUUACUCUGCAGGGAUUGCUUUGUAUUCCGAGGAGAUAACUUUGGAGGCAUUUUCUGUAAUUGUCACCCAGAUGCUGGGACUCAGUCUGGGAAUAUCGUAUGAUAACCCGAAGAAAUGUUCAUGUUCAGGAGCUAUCUGUAUAAUGAAUCCAGAAGCUAUGCAAUCCAGUGGUGUGAAGACCUUUAGCAGUUGCAGUGUGAGUGACUUCAGACAUUUUGUUUCAAAUAUGGGUGCCAAGUGUCUUCAGAAUAAGCCACAAAUGCAAGUGGGUCGAGCAGCGAUCUGUGGCAAUGGCAGAGUGGAGAAGCCUGAGGUCUGUGACUGUGGGACUGAGGAGCAAUGUGGACCUGCCAGCUGUUGCGAUCCCAUGACCUGUGUGCUGAAACAGGGAUCAGAAUGCGAUAGAGGGUUAUGCUGCCACGGCUGUAAAUUUGCUAAAGCAGGUUCAGUGUGUAGGCCUGCUGCACAUCCUGACUGUGAUCUUUCUGAAUCUUGCAACGGAACCUCAGGAGAUUGUCUUCCUGAUGUGACUAUACUCAAUGGACGAUCAUGUAAGACAAAAUACAUUUGCUAUGGGGGAGACUGCCAAGACCUCGACGCACGCUGCCAGUCCAUCUUUGGAAGAGGUUCAUCAAAUGCUCCAUUUGCCUGCUAUGAAGAAAUACAAUCUCAAAUUGACAGGUUCGGGAACUGUGGUAUGGAGAGGGGCCAGUAUCGGUUCUGCCAGUGGAGGAAUCUCAUAUGUGGAAGGUUAAUUUGCACCUACCCCACUCGAACUCCUUUCUACCGAGACAAUGUCGCUGUGCUCUAUGCUUACGUGCGCAACGUCAUAUGCAUAACUCUGGACUACAGUCUGCAUGGCUUGCUCACAGACCCAAUGAUGGUCAAGGAUGGCUCUCAGUGUGAUGAAGGGAGGGUUUGUGUAAAUCGUGAGUGUGUAGAAUCGAGGAUGCUCAAGAGUGACUUUCACACCUGUUCGGCAAAGUGCAGUGGCCAUGGAGCUCCCUGGUCCUGCUGCACCACUGUCUUGGCUGUGCGGAUGAACAAAGCCGCUGGUCAGGACUACUACGUGGGCGCUGCAGGUACGAAUCUGGACAAGAUCCUGUGGUUGCAAGCCCCUCCUGCCCCCUCCCUCAAAUCAGAGCCCCAGCGGGCUAGCCUCACCAUUUCUUGCAUGAUCUCUGUGAGCAGAGUUCGAGUAGACACUCCCAAGAAGCUACUCGAAAUGCUGGAAGGUCUGGAUGUUCACGCUGAGCAAUCUUUUCCUGUUGGUGGAAUGGUGUGCACUUCCCAGCAGCACUGCCAGUGCGAUAAGGGCUGGACGGGCGCCACCUGCAACCAGCAGUCCAGAGAGGCCGACGGCCUCCCAGCAGGUUUAAUCAUGAAAAGAGCUUUUUGGAAAUCGGAAAAGAACCGGUGGCUUCUAGGUUUCUAUAUCACUUUAUCUGUUCUCAUCAUAGCAACCGUAAUAGCUAUUUCAUGGAAUCAACUGAAAAAGUCGUUCACCAAGGAAGAGGAAUCCCUAAGUAGCGAAUCAGAAAGCAGCACUUACACAUAUACCACCACCGGAUCCAGAUCAGAAAGCAGUAGCCAAACGGAUAUUGUCAGAUCCAGUUCAGAAAGUAGUGCCCAAAUGUAUACCAGCAGAUCUGAAUGACAGGAAACUACCCAAAUAUAAAGUACUAGUAACUGGUAAUUCCUUCAGAAGGCGAUGGAUAAUCCUGAUUGUCUCACUGAGAAAUGAACAUUCUGCCUUCCCUCUCCUUGUCACAGCUGAAGGAAACAAUAAACU